AGGAAGACUCGCGAGACUAGGGAGCGCUGGUCGGAGGCGGUCUGCGGAGGCCGGCGUCGGGCCGGGGAUGGGGCGGAGUCGGCCCGGCUGGCCGUGGGUGGCCGUGCCCGGUGCCGCGCUCGCUCGGCGGGGAGACUGAUCGGAGGCGCGAGGUCUCGGCCCUGGAGGGUCCAGGGUUGGCGGCUGCAGCGUUGAGCCCCCGGUCUCCUCGAGGAAUCGAGAGCCGAGUCUCCCUGGAGAGAUGAGUUGCACAAUUGAGAAGGCGCUUGCUGAUGCUAAAGCUCUUGUGGAAAGGCUGAGAGACCACGAUGACGCAGCAGAGUCACUCAUUGAGCAGACCACGGCCCUCAACAAGCGAGUGGAAGCCAUGAAGCAGUAUCAGGAAGAAAUUCAAGAACUUAAUGAAGUUGCAAGACAUCGGCCCCGCUCCACAUUAGUAAUGGGAAUCCAGCAGGAAAACAGACAAAUCAGAGAACUGCAACAAGAGAACAAAGAAUUGCGUACAUCUCUGGAAGAACAUCAGUCUGCCUUGGAACUUAUCAUGAGCAAGUAUCGAGAACAAAUGUUUAGGUUGCUAAUGGCUAGCAAAAAAGAUGAUCCGGGAAUAAUAACGAAGUUAAAAGAACAGCACUCCAAGGAGCUGCAAGCACAUGUGGACCAGAUAACUGAAAUGGCCGCAGUGAUGAGGAAAGCCAUUGAGAUUGACGGGCAACAGGGCUGCAAAGAACAGGAACGGAUACUUCAACUAGAACAAGAAAACAGAGGCCUAAGAGAGAUCCUUCAAAUAACUCGAGAAUCCUUUUUGAACCUGAGGAAAGAUGACGUGUCAGAAAGUACAUCACUGUCAGCGUUGGUGACCAACAGUGACCUGAGCCUGAGGAAGAGCUGAAGCGUCCCCGAUUGCCAGGACCCAGCUAUGCACCCGUGACCCACUCAGCAGUC